UUUCCAUGGAGCGGCUCAAAUCGGCGGUGCCGGCCGACCUCCGGCGAGCCGUCGGCGAGGGCACGACCCGCGACCUCCCGUCCACCACCUCCCUGCUUCUCACCUUCCUCGACGGUCUCCCUCUCUUCCACCAGGUCAUCAGCGAGCUGACCGACCCGGAGCUCGCGCUGUGCAGCAAGGACAAGGGGAGGGCGGUGGAGCUCAAGGGCCAGGGCAAUGCGUGCUUCUCCCGGAGGGAGUUCCAACAGGCGCUUAGUUUCUAUUCGCAGGCGCUACGUUACGUCCCGAUUAGUUCUGAUGUCACUGAUGAGAUUUUGCUGGCUACAUUAUAUGUCAAUCGUGCCUCCACUAUGCAUAAAUUGGGCCUCCUGGAAGAGUGUUUACGGGAUUGCGACAGGGCCAUUUCCGUUUCACCUAAUUAUGCCAAGGCAUGGUACAGGAGGGGAAUGAUAAAUGCAUCAUUGAAGAAUUAUUCAUCUGCCAUGCAUGAUCUGGAGGUUGCAUUGAGCAUGGAAGCGACUUCUUCUGGAAAGAGCAACAUAGAGCAAGAAUUGAAGUUGAUUUUGCUAAAUCAUCGAAAUGUGAAUGAAGUUGGAAGACCAAGCAGUGAUCGCAAGGAUGCAGGGUUGCCACAUACAGCAGAACCACAUAUGUCUGUUCUAGAGUGUGUCUCAACACCCGACAAAGGUAGAGGAAUGACAUCUCCAAAUGAUAUUUCUCCGGCCUCCUUGAUUCAUGUUGAGGAUCCUCUUGCUGCGAUUAUCCUGAAACCGUGCCGGGAGACUCAUUGCCAUUAUUGCUUUAGUGAAGCACCCGCAGAUGCUGUGUUUUGCCCAUUGUGUACAAUACCAGUUUACUGUUCAAAAAAGUGCCAGGAGCAAGCUGUUGGCGGAAUUUCUUUGAAUCAAGAUACUUUUAUUAAAUCUAACAGCAAUGGGAUUGAUCUUGGAAAAUUGAGCCUAACUUCUCCAAAGCACAAGGCUCCAGACUCUAAACAGAUUGCUGAACAUAGGCAUGAAUGUGGUGGUGCACAUUGGGCAGCUGUUUUGCCAGCUGAUAUAGUUUUAGCUGGGCGAAUUAUGGCACAAUACAUAGAUAGAAGAAUGCUGGCUGGAAAGAACUCUACCAUCUCUGGGCCAAAUUUGGAUCUCAUUCACCACUAUGAUAUAGAUUCUCCUACUAACAAGUUGGAAUCACAUAUAUAUGCGAUUGUCUUGUUAUUAUGCCUCAAAAAGUAUUAUAGAUCAGACCUUUCAUGGAAGGAGGAAACUUUAUCUCAGCUUGUUCUUUUGAUCUGUCAAGUCAAAGUCAAUUCAAUUGCUAUCGUUCGUAUGAAAUCCAUGGAUGAAGGCCAGGGACGUACAGAGAACAAAGGGUACUCUGCAGCUGGUGAUGCAGUUAUGUGUAGUGUGGAGCAGGUCAGGGUUGCUCAAGCUAUUUACAUGUCUGGUAGCUUCUUGAAUCACUCGUGCCGUCCAAACGUACACACAUACUUUCAUUCCCGCACUCUCUUUCUGAGAUCUACCGAAUACAUAGAAUCAGGGAGGCCAGUCGAGCUAUCAUAUGGUCCACAGGCUGGCAAGAUGAAUCUUCCGGAGAGACAGAAGUCACUUCAGGAGAAUUACAAAUUUAGUUGCCGGUGUUCAAGUUGUUCAGAGCUACAUCUGUCGGACCUUGUCAUUGAUUCAUUCCGUUGUCCACAAAGUACCUGUCUUGGUGCCGUAUCAGAAUUAACUUACUCCAGAUCCAAAGAGAAUUUUAUGCAUGUUUCCCUACAAGAAUCUGAUGUUUGCAAACUAUCGCUGCCUCAUAUAUCCAACGUUGACGAGGAUACAAAGAAAGUUGGGAAAUUGUUUUUCAGAAAUGAUCUUGAUUUGAAGAUAGAUCCUGGAUAUUGCAUGAGCUGUAGAUCACAACUUGACUUGGCUUCUGCUGUUGCUACAUCAGACAGGGCAGCAUCAAAGAUCAACAGGUUUAAGGAACUUACAGUUAUAGACAAAGUCUCUGAAGUUUUCGUCACAGAUGCAUUACAAUCCCUAGAACAGAUAAAGAAGCUGAGGCACCCAUAUAGCAAGGCUCUUGCCCAGGCAGAAGACAUGAUCGCAGAGGCUUUUGCAAAGAUAGGAGAUCAAGGACAAGCAGAAAAGCACUGUGAAGAAUCAGUUAAGAUCCUCAAGAAGCUGUACCACCCCAAACACAUAGCCAUCGCGCAUGAGCUGAUCAAGCUCGUUUCCAUCAAGCUGUCCAUGGGGGACAUGGCAAGCGCAGAAGCUACAUUCGCCCAGGCAGAGGCGAUAUUCUCGCUUUAUUAUGGACCUGAUGCUCUAAGGAUUUUACCUUAUAUCGAUGUACUGAAAAGAACUGUUAGUGAAGCUCCUUGACUAUCUCAGGAGCAGACGAACCGCACAGAUAUGCACCAC